AUGUUCAAACGAGAUCAUAUCCACAACAACAACAACAUAGAUACUCCUCAAGAGGAGUUGGACAUGUCACCAAAAAUCAAGAAACAAAAAUUGGUACCAAUGACAUGCGUGGACGAAAAGAAUGACGACAAACUUCAUGUGCAUUUGAUUCUACUUGAUUUUUCCAAUUCAUCAUUGAAUGUUCCUAUUCAUAAGGAAAUAUUAUUAUUGAAACAGAAAUUCUCAUUACAACAAGAAGGUAAAAAGAAAUGGCUUUUGAAGAGAGAAUUGAAAUAUCAGAAAUUCUUUCCAGUCGAAUUCAUGAACGAUCCUGAAUUUGUGUUGAAUCAUAUUAAAAAGUUUGGAUAUGGAUUGGAAUUUGCAUCCACACAAUUAAAACAAGAUCGAGAAUUUGUGUUGAAAGUGGUUCAACACAAGGGCUCAGAAAUUGAAUUUGCUAUUUGUGAUGAAACAUUUCUCAGUGAUAAAGAAGUGAUAUUGGCAGCAGUAAAGGACGAACCAUUGGUAGUGGAAUAUGUCUCUGAAGAGUUGCUGGAUGAUCAUGAGUUUGUGUUGCAACUAGUGAAACAAAAUGGUCAAGUGUUGCAGUAUCUCGAUGACAUGGUCCAUCAAGAAGAUAUUAUUUUAGAAGCUGUGAAACAAAAAGAACAAGCACUCGAAUAUGCUUCGAAGGAUUUUCUCAAAGAUACCAAGUUCAUGUCAACAGUUUUUCGAUUCAUAUUUCCAGAAUUGGAAACUUUUGAUUAUUCCAACAAGGAGUGCAUGAUCCAAGUAGUUCAAAAAUUUGGGUACUUGCUUGAAUUUGCGAGUGAUGAACUUAAAAACGAUCGAGAGGUUGUUCAACAUGCAGUCACAAAUUACGGAAGUUCCAUUCAGUUUGCUUCGGAUACGCUCCUACACGAUCGACAACUGGCAUUUCUUGCCAUCAACGAAUAUUAUGGAGCAUUCAAAUACCUAUCUGAAGAGUUUAAGAAUGAUAAGGAAAUAGUGUUACAAGUGGUCAAACAACCUAGAAAUACCACUAUUCUUCAACAUGCUUCUCAAGAGUUACGGAAUGACAAGGACGUGGUGUUAGAAGCUGUCACUCACUAUGGAAAUGAUCUUGAAUACGCAUCCAAAGAGUUGCAAGACGAUCGACAAGUGGUAUUCGCUGCCAUUAAACAAAAUGGGAAGUCUCUUGCGUAUGCGUUUUACAUGUUGCAACGGGAUCGAACGAUGGUUCUGGCGGCCGUUCAACAAAACAAGAAUGCCUUGAAAUUUGCUUCCAGGAUGUUAGCGAAAGACAAAGAUUUUGUCAUGUCCUUGAUUCAGUAUGGAUGUUUCAUGACAGCACUCGAACAUCAUGGGUUGGGAUUCGUUGGAAUCGGGUAUAGCUGUUCAGAUAAGGAAAUCAUGUUAAAAGCUGUGAAAAACGAUGGAUCAGCGUUGAGUUUUGCAAGUGAAGAAUUGCAUGAAGAUCCAGAGCUUGUUUUCGAGGCACUUCAAUGCAAUGGUUUUGUGUUAGAGUAUAGUGAUGAAUUAUAUCGUGAAAGAAUGAAAUAUUGCUAUGACGACGCUUAUUUGGGACCAAGGAACUGA